AUCCCGAGUUUUCGUAUCUGCGAGAAAUCACAUAUGCCCUGCUAGGAUAUGGCCUUUAUUUAUUGGAGUUAUGAUUGUGUGAUAUAUACGCGUAGAAUCUCUUGCGGCGACACGAUACUGAUUCAUCCGAUUGUUUACCGGAACAAAAAAUGAGCGACUGUUUGCAAUAGCCAUUGCAUUUCACUGAUUGAAAAAGGUCACAUUGGAGAAAUUUUGUUCAAACAUGGGAUGUUGCUACAGCUUUUGUAAAGAGGAUAACGGACCACAGAGUGGAGAAGCAAACGAGAGGACACAUUUAUUGGUAGAUCCCGUCAGUAACAAUACAAAUAUACCAAGAGUACAUAGUGAUGAUUAUGUUAACCAAUAUGCAAGUUCCGUGCCUAAGAAAACAGAUGAACAGAGUGCAUUAAAUCGAAUUUUACAUGAAACUGCAGCCAAUGUUAUAGAUGUAGGUGCAUUAGAUACACAUAAUCUAGAACAACACGAAUAUAUGGAUAGAUCUCGUGCUUAUUCAAAGAGAAUAGAGUCGGGUAGAAUUAAACUCCCCGAAGCUGCAUCUUGCUUACUUAAGGAUAUGCCUGCUCCUGAACGAAUAUUAGCGGCUGACCCACUUGCUACUGAAGAUCAAGAACUGAUUACAGAAAUGCUCAACAAGGCUGUGACAGCAUUAAGCGAUGUAAAAGUCGAACACAAGGAGGAUUUGGUGGUUCCAUUUCUGUCGUGAUUGUUAAACAUCUCUCAAAUUAAUUUAUAAUUUCAUCUCAUUUGACUGGAACUUUUACAUCAUAUGGCAUCAAAAGAGCAAACACUUGUCGAAAUAAAUCGACCUAAGUCCGAAUUACAAUUCUAGCUUAUGCUAAAACAAAGGAUCGAUUUUAAUAUUUAAUAUGUAAUGUAUUAUAUAAAAUGUUAAAUUACUACUACUAUUGUUAUUAUUGUUUAUGCUUGCUACAUACCAAUAGCUUCAAAAUUGUUGAAUAAAUAUACAUUUCUUUCUUUUA